CGCACGUUGGGGCCCGGGGACGUUUUCGGCGAGUUGGCCAUCCUGUAUCACUGCCGGCGCACCGCCACCGUGCGGGCGCUCGGCCCCGUGCGCCUCUGGGCCAUUGACAGGCAGCGGUUCCGUGCCAUCACAACCGGCAACGCCCGGCAGCGGCGGGCCGAUGUGCUGCGGAUCCUGAGAGCGGUGCACUGGCUGCAGGAACUGUCAGACAGCCACCUCUCCAAGCUGCUUGAUGCCAUGGAGGAGUGCUCCUUCACACCUGGCCAGCUCAUCAUCCGCGAGGGUGAUGAGGGGCAGAGCUUCUACAUUAUCCUGAAGGGCGAGGUGCGGGUCAGCCGGCGUGAGGAUGGGCAGGAGAAGCUGCUGCGGGUGCUGGGCACAGGCGAGCACUUUGGGGAGCUCUCACUGCUGCAGAACAUCCGCCGCACAGCAUCGUGCCAAGCACAGGGCCAUGUCACCUGCAUCAGCGUGGCCAAGGAGGACUUCCUGGAGAUCAUCCCCUUCUGCCCCCGCCACGACUCAGAUGCAAAUGUGUCUGUAACAGAGGUGUCCACCCUGACGGAACCCAGGCGGUCAGUGUGGGAUGGAUGGGGUGGGGGUGAGAUGGGUUGGAGGCAGGAAUAGGGAUGGGAUGGGGGUGGGAUAGG